GACUGCAGACAUAGUACAGGAGAUGACCAGAGACUGCAGACACAGUACAGGAGAUGACCAGAGACUGCGGACAGCACAGGGGAUGACCAGAGACUGCGGACACAGUACAGGGAUGACCAGAGACUGCGGACACAGCACAGGGAUGACCAGAGACUGCGGACACGGUACAGGAGAUGACCAGAGACUGCGGACACGGUACAGGGGAUGACCAGAGACUGCGGACACGGCACAGGAGAUGACCAGAGACUGCGGACAGGAGAUGACCAGAGACUGCGGACACAGUACAGG